AUGGCUCUCUUCAAAAUCCCAAGAAGCUAUCUGCUUCUCUCUUCUCCGCACACCUACAACUGCUGCUACUGCUUACGCUUCUCCUCCGCCACCACCACCGCAACCGCAGCCGCAACCAAUUGGUACUCGCUCCCGCCAACUUCUCAAAAUGAAGACCCAAAACUCUCGGCUAUCUCCCACGCCAUCAAAAACCACUCUCAGUCUCUCGACUCCUCCUCCUCGCUCAGAAAGCUCCUCCCUUCCCUCACAGCCCGCGAUGUUAUCAACCUCAUCAACCUCAACCCCCACUCUCUCUCCCCUCUCUCUCUCCUCUCCUUCUUCGACUGGCUCUCUUCUCACCCCACAUUUCGCCACACCGUCCAAUCCUACUGCACCAUGGCCCACUUCCUUUGCGCUCACCAAAUGUACCCCCAAGCCCUCUCCCUCCUACGACUCGUCGUUUCUCGCAGGGGAAAGGACUCUGCGUCUUCCGUGUUCGCUUCGAUUCUCGAAACUAGAGGUACCCAUCAGUCCAAUUAUGUGUUUGAUUCUUUGAUGAAUGCGUAUUUGGAUUCUGGGUUUGUUUCCGAUGCGUUUCAGUGCUUUAGAUUGAUAAGGAAGAAUAAUUUUCGAAUCCCAUUUCAUGUUUGUGGCUGUUUGCUUGAUAAAAUGUUGAAGUUGAACUCGCCUGUGAUGGCCUGGGAGUAUUUUAUGGAGAUUUUGGAUGCUGGGUUUCCACCACAAGUGUACGCUUUCAAUGUUUUGAUGCACAAAAUGUGUAAAGAGGCUAAAAUUGAACAGGCUCAGAUGGUGUUUGAUGAAAUUGGGAAGCGGGGUUUGCGCCCGAGUGUGGUUAGUUUCAAUACUCUGAUUAAUGGGUAUUGCAAAUCCGGGAAUCUGGAGGAGGGUUUUAGGUUGAAGAGAGAUAUGGAGGAGAGCAGAACAUGGCCUGAUGUAUAUACUUACAGUGUUUUGAUCAAUGGGUUGUGUAAGGAGUGUAGGCUGGAUGAUGCAAACUACUUGUUUGAUGAAAUGUGUGAGAGGGGGUUGGUUCCGAAUUUUGUCACAUUUACGACUUUGAUUGACGGGCAGUGUAAGAAUGGGAGGAUUGAUUUGGCAAUGGAAAUUUAUCAGAAAAUGUUGGGGAGAGGUAUCAAACCAGAUGUGAUUACGUAUAAUACACUCAUAAAUGGCCUUUGCAAGGAUGGUGAUUUGAGGGAAGCUAGGAAGCUUGUUGAGGAGAUGAAUAUGACUGGGGUGAAGCCUGACACGAUCACUUAUACUACACUUAUUGAUGGAUGCUGCAAAGAAGGAGAUUUACAUUCGGCGCUAGAGAUAAGGCAGGGAAUGAUUAUACAAGGGAUUAAGCUUGACAAUGUGGCUUUCACAGCCCUUAUUUCGGGAUUGUGUAGAGAGGGAAGAACCCUUGACGCUGAAAAAAUGUUGAGGGAGAUGUUAGAUUCUGGCAUGAAACCUGAUGAUGCCACGUAUACAAUGGUCAUUGAUGGGUUUUGCAAGAAGGGCAAUGUUAAAAUGGGUUUUAAGUUGCUCAAGGAGAUGCAGAGUGAUGACUAUGUGCCAAGUGUUGUAACCUAUAACGCUCUUAUGAAUGGGCUAUGCAAGCUAGGACAGAUGAAAAAUGCUAAUAUGCUCUUACAUGCUAUGAUUAAUUUGGGGGUGGCUCCAGAUGACAUUACAUACAACAUUCUAUUGGAAGGGCAUUGCAAGCAUGGAAACCCAGAGAACUUUGAAAAGCUACGGAGCGAGAAAGGGCUUGCUCUUGAUUAUGCUUCAUAUACUUCGCUAGUUAGCGAAUUCAAUAAGUCUUCCAAGGAUCGUCGAAAGAGAUGAUUGGAGCAAGUUGCUGGAAAUUGGUGCUCUCAGUUUAUCAAGUCUUGUUGGUUUAGUAAUUAGUUCCUAACUUGAUAAUGAUUUCAAGUGACUCAUAUCGACUGUAAGGUACAGAUGACUCGAGAAAAUUCCCUAUACACAUUACAAUGGCAAGGAUUUUUCUGACAGAAGUAAACUGCGGGAAAAAGUCCAGGCCCAUUGGAAAUACUAGCAUUUGGAGAAAUCCUUUUCUAUUCAAAUGUCUAGAAAACCAAAGGAUGUUCGGAGAGAAAAGGAAAUCCAUAAAACGCUAAAGUAUGGAAGGAGAUGUUUUGGCAUUUUACGGAAAGACCAAAUCUGCCAAAGAAUGAAAAGAUUAUCAGAAUUGCAUCCAUACAAGGAAUCAAAUCUCUUCUUGACUUACUUUUAUCCCAUGUUACCAUAGCAUAGCUAAUGCUCAUGGCCUUCAUAUUGCAUAUGCCUGUUUUGGUUUUCUUUUUUAUGGAAAAAUAGCAAUACGUCUAGUACCCUGUACUCCACAAUGACUCUUGAGAUUCAGCUUCAUUCUGUGAUAAAUGCCUUGAUGCUGACUCUCCUAUAUAUGUGAGUUCGCUUUCUUUCUUUAUAAUGUUUGUGCUGCCCUCAAUGAACACACUAAAUUAUAUUUGGAAUUCUUUUCGAGGCUGAUAUCAUUGGUGGCAGCAGUUAAUGCAUUCUCUCAUGUGGAUGGUCUAGAAGGCUUCAGUAGGUGUGCUAUCAGACGGUCAUGUAAAACCAUUUUGUGAAUGACAAUGAAUUAUGCUGAGAAUAAUUGAGGGAAUAGUUGACUUGGCAAUCAAGUUAAUGAAAUCUCUAGGACUCUUGGUGCCUUAAGGAAAUAAACAUAUUGGAGUCCUAAUUACAUGCAAUCAAUUAUGGACCUUUAUUAAGUAAAUACAAGGAAUAAGAGCCAUGAUGGGACUCUAAUUGAUUAAAUAUGAUUUGGGUUGAUAUCCUUUCCGAUAAUAGGGAGGAAUUGGUUGAAACCCUAGCUAUAUAACCAAGGAGCAGUCCCUGCUUCCAUACCAACUGAAACUCAUGAAAACUACAAGCCUAUUUAUAGUAGAGUUCAUUGAGAGGUACUAGAAGUAGAAGACUACUUCUACUUUGUUGCAAGGAUCAAUGGCUUCAUCUUCAUAACCAUGUGUUCCGUAUUCUACAGAUAAGUUUAAUGUAAUUAGUCAAUCUCUAUUUUAUAUUGAUUUGAUUUAUUCGUGAUCCUAAUGUCUUGUUGUUGUGAUUUCAGAAUAUAUUUUACAGGUCAAUGCAUGAAUAAUACAAUGUUGUCAGUUUCCUCGUAUUGAAGCUUGGUAUGGUAUGAGGGCUUUUUGUUUGUGAAUAUUUCUCUUAGAUUUAGUUAUAAGACCGUUCUAGUACUUGUGAUCAUCUGGCUUCUCUGUACCAACUUACAGUUUAUCAUACUGGGUCAUAUUCUGCAUUUUUCAAUGCAGGCUUCGUAUCUAGAAGCAAAUGUCCUAUACCUAAGGCCUUUGUAUGGUAGGUCUAGUAAGGUUGCCUGAGACGUGGGUAAAAUUUUUCAUGUUCGGAUUUACUAUGUCUUUAUUUCCCAGUACUUUUUGUUAUGAAUCCCUUGUUACUAGUUAGCUGACAUACGAUCGACGGUAUGGAUAUUUACUUGACAUGGCUUUGCUGUAGCAUAAGGAUGUGAGGAUUUUGAACAGAUGAUUUGGAAAGGGAAAUGAGGUUUUGGAAAA